CAUAUUUUUCGCUUGACAUUUUGGCACUAUUUACUCGUAUAUAAACGGGUGGUAGGCCUCGAUGGGCUAUGAGUUCUUACUGGAGUUUCGCAGUGGCAAAUUCAAACUAAGACUAGAUCCAAUACCCAAUCGCUUCAACAUGCAUCGAAUGCUGCUGUACACUUUGGUUAUCGUCGCCCUCGCCUUGGUCCAGGCCUGCCAUCAGAUCCAUUAUAAUCUGACAUUUCCUGCUGUGAAUCAAGUCUCUUCUGGGCUCAGCCUUGGCCAGAGUUUGACGAGGGAUCUGUCCACGAUUUCGAUGUCGCUGUCGGUGGCGGUGUCUCCUCUGGCGCCCAAUCUUUGCCGCCAUGGGAACCCUUUUACGCUGGGGCAUUAGUU